UGCGUGUGUGGAUACACGAACAGUAGCACGGCGGAAGGUGUCGCUUGUAUGUCUGUCGCCAUUUAUAUGUAGCGUUCGCCGAAAUGUUUUUUAUCGACUUACUUAAAAUAAAAAGCAUUCACUCGGCAGUUUUGAUCGUUUUUAAGACUACGUAGAGCUUGUCGAGUUGUGUUUAAAACAAACAAACGAGCAGAAAAGACGUCGGUAUAAACAGUUAGCCUAGCUUAGCUGAGCCUAGCCUAGCUCUUUUAACUAGCUUCAGCUUGAGGUAAAAACAAAAGCUUAGUUUGUGCUGACUGGUUUGAUUUGACUAUUUAUCUGGUAUGUUUUAUACAGUGACAUUUUCGGAGUCAUCUUAGUUUAAAGACACGUUCGUCUAGUUUACAGAGUUUUUUGCUCGAUAUUGGUAAUUUGUAUGACUGUGGACGUACUAGGGAUAAUAUUUGGAUGCUCAUUGUGCGGCUAAACUGUAGACAUCAAUCUUCGGUUGAACAAGAUAUUUGUCUCCCACCCUUGUGGUGCGAGCAGUCCCGACCUCGUUUUUUCAAGCCAAGCUCGUGCACGGAGCUGCCGGUUAUCCAUCGGCGAUGUCUGAAGGAGAAGCAAAACAAGGUACUGCUCAGACCUCUGCCAUGGAGGCGAAGUCAGAGGUAGGGGCCUCCACCCCCACCGGGCAAGGUGUCUCCUCUGUGUCUCCUCCGGUGUCCACGGUAACACAAGCUCCACCGGCACCUACGACAGCGACCGAAGACGAAGAAGAGGAAAGCGAAGACGAGUCUGAGAUCCUGGAAGAGAGUCCGUGUGGACGCUGGCAGAAACGCAGAGAGGAGGUCAACCAGAGAAACGUUCCAGGCAUCGACAAUGCUUACCUGGCAAUGGACACGGAGGAGGGUGUGGAGGUGGUGUGGAAUGAGGUCAUGUUCUCCGAAAGGAAGAACUUCAAACUGCAAGAGGAAAAAGUGAAAGCAGUUUUCGAUAACCUGAUUCAGCUGGAGCAUUUGAAUAUCGUGAAGUUUCACAAGUACUGGGCCGACGUGAAGGAGAACAGAGCCAGAGUUAUUUUUAUAACUGAGUACAUGUCCUCAGGGAGUCUGAAGCAGUUUCUGAAAAAGACAAAGAAAAAUCACAAGACUAUGAAUGAAAAGGCAUGGAAACGGUGGUGUACUCAGAUAUUAUCUGCUUUAAGUUAUCUGCACUCAUGUGACCCCCCCAUCAUCCAUGGGAACCUGACCUGCGACACCAUCUUCAUACAGCACAACGGCCUCAUCAAGAUCGGCUCAGUCGCUCCAGACACCAUUAACAAUCACGUUAAAACGUGUCGGGAGGAACAGAAGAGUUUGCAUUUCUUUGCACCAGAAUACGGAUAUGUUACUAACGUCACCACAGCCGUGGACAUUUAUUCCUUCGGAAUGUGCGCCUUAGAGAUGGCCGUGCUGGAAAUCAGUAACGGAGAGUCAUCAUACGUGUCACCAGAAGCCAUUAACAAUGCCAUCCAGUCUUUGGAGGACCCCCUGCAGAGAGAGUUCAUUCAGAAGUGUCUGGAGACCGACCCCAGUAAGAGGCCCACAGCUAGAGAGCUGCUUUUCCACCAGGCUCUGUUUGAGGUGCCUCAGCUGAAGCUCCUUGCAGCACACUGCAUCGUCAGCCAUCAGCACAUGAUCCCUGAAAACGCUUUAGAGGAAAUUACUAAGAACAUGGACCCCAAUUGGGUGAUCAUGGAGAUGAAGGAAAUGCAGCUGAAAUUGUCCCAGUUUCCAGCACUUGAGCUUGACAAGUUCCUAGAAGAUGUGAGGAACGGGAUCUAUCCGUUGACUGCGUUUGGUAUGCCUUGCCCUCAACAGCCCCAGCAAGAGGCAGUGAAGUCCCCCAUCGUCCCGCCCUCUGUGAAAACCCCCACGCCAGAACCUGCAGAACUCGAGACCAGGAAGGUGCUACAGAUGCACUGCAACAUUGAGCCGGUGGAGGAAGGAGCAAAGCAUCACCUGACCUUACUGCUAAAGCUGGAAGAUAAGCUGAACAGACAUUUGAGUUGCGAUUUGGCACCAAAUGAGAACGUACAGGAGCUGGCGGUGGAGCUGGUCCAGCUCGGCUUCAUCAGCGAGGGCGACCAGCUGCGUCUGGCCACCGUGCUGGAGGAGGCCUUCACGAAGUUCUACAGCCGUAACGGCUCUCUGAAUCCUGUUACCGUUUCCUCGUAGCAGAGAGUGGAGACGUGUGCCUCUGUUCGCCGCUGCUCCUCAUCCUCACACACGGGACAAGACUCCAGCGCUUGUUCGAACGACGGACCGGGUGGAAGCCGGGGGGUUUCGCAGAAAAAUAAAGAAACGGAUUUGGAGACCUCGACCGGCGCUCACACAACGAUUCCUGCAUUUAUGUUGUUCUUUACGCCGCUGUAGGUGGCAGAAAUCGUUGCCUGACGUUCGUGUACAUUUAUUUCUCUCUGUGUAGCCGCCACACGCUUCUCUGAGAAACAUAAGUUCAUGUCAGUAUUACAAUCUGUUCCUUUUAUUUUGUUUUUUACUUUUAUUAUUACAUACAGUAUCUCUGUGGUAUGGGUCAUGGUUCAGGGUUUGUUUUUGUUUUUUUUGCUGGUUUAUUGUUAUAACAAGCCUUUUGCGGUGAUUUUAGAGAGAAGCACAUGACGUGUGCACAAAUGAUUCUGUCUCACAUGAGAAGGAGACAGUUGUCAAGUUCUCACGAUACGCCAAUCUGACCUGUUGGUGGUUGUUCCAGCUGGUAAAGUUGCAAUGAUUGUUUGUUUUUUUUUCUUUAACUUUAUAUCUAUUGAAAAAGGUCAGAAAAUGAAACGAAGUGAAAUGAAAGCAUCAUAAAGCUGUCACUAAGCAUCUCCUAUUCGUGCUAGUUAUUUUUUUAAUUCUUUAUUUUUUUUGUAACCCUGUGGCAGAUGUAUCCCAAAGGUACGAUUAGGUGUUUAUUCUGUUACAAGCGCUUUAUAUGCGCGUUAAUACGCGGCUGUAGGCGCUUUAAAGGAAAAAUCUUAAUUAGCGCAUCUUUACUGUAAUUAUAAAGAAUUAACUGUGGUUCAAUACAAAAUUUCACUUAAGCCAAUACUGUGAAAGGGAGAGGGAAUUGUUUUCUUUUUGUUUUGUCUUUUUUUAAAUACAGGGGAGGGUCGAACGUCAGCAGGUUAUUUAUCAUUUACGUUCUUUGCAUAAGGAAUUAAGACUUUCUGCGUUUAGCAACUGUUUGUGAAUGUAUGAAAUUUUCAUUUGCUGUUUAUUAUUACCAAUGAGGUGUGUUUGCGUGUGUGAGGAAAGGGCACCCAAGGGAUUUGAAAGUUUUUUUUGUUUUUGUUUUUGUUUUUAUGCCCCCAUGCAUACACACACACACACACACACACGUUUCCAUUGAUAUACAAAUUAUGAUUUUAAAAUGUGCCUUCUACAGACGAAGAGUUGAUUCCAGUUUAAAACGGCAGGCGUUUCGAGACGUUUCCGGUCACUGACACGUUGCUAGUUACAUGCUUUUUUGACAUGCGUGCAUGGAACAAUAGAUCAUUCGAGCUACCUUUCGCUGACACGUCGGUGCAGAACUUGCUUUUUUGCACCUCCUGAAGCUUUACAGUGUUUUUCUUUUUUUUCUUUUUAUUAAGUAGCGGAAGGUUGGUAGGGAACGUUAACGAAGACGUAAUGGUUUAGAAUGUUUCUCUGUGGUUGUUGUUUGGGUAAAGAAGGUAUACGUAGGUAAAGUAGAUGUUUGGCUUGCUGCUGGUUUGCACACUUGUAAAGCACCCCCACUGACUGACACACACACACACACACACACACACACACACACACACACACACACAUAUAUAUAUAUAUAUACACACACACACACACACACACACACACACACACACACACACUGUAUAUUAAGACACUUGGGUUGUUUGUGUUGGACUUCUGAACAACAUUUGCAAUUGAAAUGUUAGCAAGGAUAAGAGCUGCUCUUGUCUGUUAGUAUUAUCAAAUUCAGACUAGUAAACUUUGAUCGGCCGGUCAGUCGAUCAGGUGAGGCUUCAAGGCGUUAAUCACAGAGUAAAAGGAGUUUUUGUUCAGCUGACAGUUAGAGCCAUCUUCCAGUAAAAGAAACUAUUACAAAAACAUCCAUAAUUAAAGGGACACAUUUGUUCAGAAGCACAUCACACCUUUUAGUGCUAUACACACUGGCCAGAAAUCUGAACAAAGCAAAUAAUAACGUUGUCGUCCAGUUUUGAGCUUCUUUCUUUCUCGGAGUAAUCAUCGGUUAUCAUUUUACCUCCACUCCAGAAAAAAAACAAACAGUAAGUAGCUGUUAACUGCUUUUACAACCCGGUUCUCUUUCUGUAUCUUUUCCCAGACAAAAAAGUUGCACCAUUUCUUGAUUAUAAAGAUGACAUUCAA